UGUGAGACAAUUUCAUUUUAGAUACAAUGUAGUUUCAUUUUGUAAUUAACACACCAAAAAUACGAGUUUCGUUAAACUGUAACAACAACCGUUUCUUUAUUUAAAGAAACGGCACUGUUUUUGGACCAUGAUCCACAAAGCUUUGUAGGCCAUGGCCCACGAUAUAAUUGCUGCCUAGCUUAUAUAGUCAUUAAAAAAAAAAUCUAUUUCUCUGACGGCUAAGCCCAGCUGCCCACUAUCCACUUAAUAUUUAGCCCAUAUUACUCAUUUUUAUUUCUUAAAAAAAAAAAAGUAAUGCAUUUUUAAAUUUAAUUUAGCAUAGCGCCAUAGCGGGCUUUCAAGUCUCAUCUCACUCCACAGCCACAUUUGUAUAGGUGCGAGUGGAUGUCUGCUUCUUUGCCUAAUUUCAACAAGUUGUUGACGAGUUAAUUGAACAAUGUUGGUGAAACGUGCGUUUUGGAGUUACGUUUCCACUUCCGGCUUCUCUUCGUUGGCAGCUACGAAUUUGCUUAAAUGCGGGGAUGUUUUGAAGCAAGCUCGGGUGUUUACGGAAGUAGAUGUUGUUGAAUACUCGAAGCUGAGUCAUGAUACCAACCCCUUGCAUUUUGACUCAGAAUGUGCCAAGCUUGCUGGAUUCAGUGACAGGCUUGUUCCUGGAAUGUUGGUCGCUUCCUUAUUCCCAAGAACCAUCGCUUCAAAUUUUCCGGGAGCUGUAUAUGUUUCGCAAAUGUUGCAGUUCAAGUUGCCAGUGUACAUUGGAGAGGAGAUAGUUGGUGAAAUAUGUGCAACAAAUAUCAAGGUUCUGAAAGCAAAACAUGUGGUCAAAUUUUUCACCAAAUGCUUCAAACGUGAUGGCGCGCUUGUUAUUGAUGGCGAGGCCACAGCGAUCCUGCGGAGUCUGAACAAAGAACCAGCUCGACAGUGACUGUCGAGCUGAAGAACAAAAAAUUAUUUCUUGUUUAAUGGUCAAAAUGCAUGAUUUUGGUGUACUCGAUUGUUGCCCGCAGAACAACACAAAGUUCUUCCCCGUUUAAUGGUCGAAAUGCAUGCUUUUCCAGUAA